GAUAACUACCUCUGAACAAAUGUAUUACUACAUACUAUUCGUAGCAUAGACUGAUUCUGAUUACUACAUACUAUUCGUAUCAUAGACUGAUUCUGCGAAGUGAACGUCUUGGAAUAUCUGGUCAUCAUGCCAACCUACGAGCUGGCGCUUCUGGCCCGCAAUAACGCGAAUGUGGUUGGUCCUCUGCUGCUGCGAACGUCCAAGUUGAUUCAGAAUCGCGGAGGUGUGGUCAUUAAAGUCGAGAACUUUGGACAGCAGGAACUGCCACACAGAGCACGCAGACAUAUGGAGUACUUCACGCACGCACGGCGCUUGGGACUACAGUUCACAGUUGGUACAGAGUUCAUCAAAAGUCUCCAGUCAGCUCUCGCGGCCAACACGGAUGUAAUCCGCUACACAUUCAUUAAGAACUCUCCUGUACACAAGCACGAGAAGAAGAUGUUCCAUCGAUGCAAGAAUCUCGACCGAGCGAAACGAAUGGAGCUUCUGCAGAAAUCGAAAGAUGCGUAGGCUCCCUUGUAUUUGGAAUAGUUUCCGAGAUAUUCAGGGCGCCCGUAGGCCUUCGAUUGAUGAUUAAUAAAUGUACAAGUUCACUGGUG